UUACCAUUUCAAUCUAAACAACAAAAAGAACGGCUAUUUAAACCUGAUUAGAGUGAUUGAAAUUUCAUUGAAUUUUGCAAUUUUGUGGGCGGUCAAUGAAAUUUUUCAAUUUUUUUUUUUUUGGGAUAAAUUUUUUCUUCUAUAAAACAAAAAUAAAUUUUCUAAUAAUUAUGGGAAAUUUAUUCGGUCGAAGUAAAUCACGAGCGGCCAAAGAAUCAAAAGUUUCAUCCACUGAUCGUGCCAUUCUGCAAAUUAAACAACAACGUGAUAAAGUGAAAAAAUAUCAAAAACGAUUAACAGCUCAGAUUAAUAAUGAAGUGGAACUUAUUCGAAAAUUGGUUCAACAAGGCCAGAAACAAAAAGCAUUGUUAUUGUUGAAGAAGAAAAAAUAUACGGAAAAAGUGCUGGAAAAAACGGACAAUGAAUUGAUGACCAUUGAAAAUUUGAUCAUGGACAUUGAAUAUAAAAAUGUCGAACAAAAUGUUCUGAAAGGAAUUGAAGUCGGUAAUGAAGCAUUGAAAAAAUUGAACGCCGUAUUCAGUAUCGAAAAGAUUGAAGCAUUGCUCGAAGAGACAGAAGAAGGAAUUGAAAAACAACAGGAAAUAAACGAACUUAUAACCGGUAUUAAAGUUGAAAAUGAAUUACCCGAUGAUGAUGAAGAAUUGAAUGAAGAAUUGGAAAAUAUUCUUGGCCAACGAGAAAAUCCAAUUGAAUUGCCUGAAGUUCCUGGUGAAGAUUUACCUGAAAUUGAAAAACCAGAAAAAAUCAAAGCAGCUGCUAAUGAAAAACGGGAACGUUUAUUGGUUGAAGCUCAAUAGCAAUGGAAAAUGAAUGUUUAAAUUUUUUUUUUAAAGCCAACCAUUUGUUUUAUAUGAUGAUACUGAAUUAUAAAGUUUCAGAGAUUUUUUUUUCAUAUACUAUGAUUAUAAUCGAAUUCGCUAUACAACAACAACACGAUAAUCGAAAAAUUCCAUUAAAUAAGAGAUAAAUUUUACAUAAAUCUUUUUUCGAUUUUUACCCAAGAA